AGAAGUACAGGGAGAGGCAGAGUAGAAGGAAGAGAAGAAAGUGGAUAGUUGGGGCAGCUAACAUCUAUUAAGAAGGAAAGAGGGAGAUUAAAUAUUAACCUUGAAGUCUUUAUUGUUCAGACAGUGGGCUAAAAUGGUGCCCAUCAUUAUUCUGAGCAUCUUUUUGCUUCAUUUUACUGUUUCUGUGGCCUCAGAACCGCAGUAUAUCCUAUGGGUCUCCUCGGUGAUACAGAGUCAUUCUACCGAAAAGGCUUGUCUCCACCUUUUAAACCUUAAUGAAUCUGUAUCCUUGAGUGUUGUCUUAGAACAUGAUGGAUACAAUACCACUAUUUUUGACCAGUCUGUGGAAGAGGAUAACUUCUACACUUGUGCAGAUUUCCAGGUUUCUCAGAUGUCCUCUGAGCAAUUAGCUUUUGUGACAUUGUUGGCUAAAGGAAAGACAUUUAAAAUCUCUGAGAGGAGAUCUGUAGUACUCAUUUCAGAGGAGACGGCAACGUUUAUGCAGACAGAUAAGCCCAUCUACAAAUCUGGAGAGAAUGUUCAAAUUCGCAUUGUGACACUGGAUACCAAGUUCAGACCUGUUGAGGAUUUGUAUCCAUUGAUCACACUUCAGGAUCCUCAAAACAAUAGGAUUUUUCAGUGGCAAAAUGUGACCUCUUUUAAAAAUAUUACCCAACUCUCAUUCCAACUGAUUUCAGAACCAAUGUUUGGAGAUUACUCUAUUUUUGUGAAAAGAAAAUCAGGAAAGACGUUGACACACCAAUUUACUGUUGAUAGAUAUGUGUUGCCCAAGUUUGAAGUUAAGGUCAACGCACCACAGACAGUGACGAUUUCAGAUGAUGAAUUCCAGGUGAAUGUAUGUGCUAAGUACACGUAUGGCCAGCCUGUGCAAGGGAAAGCCAAAAUUCGGGUGUGCAGAGAAUUUUUUUCCUCUAGGAAUUGUGAGAACAACAGCAAUGAAAUAUGUGAACAAUUUAUUGAAGAGUUGGGAAACGGUUGUGUUACUCAAAUUGUUAAUACAAAAGUCUUCCAACUCUACCGUUCAGGAUUUUUCAUGUCAUUUCAUACCACUGUAACGGUUACGGAAUUUGGGACAGGUGUGCAGAUCAGUGAAAAAGCUUCUACUUUUAUCACCCAAUUGCUCGGGAGUGUGAGCUUUGAGAACAUGGAUCCUUUCUAUAGAAGAGGAAUUUCUUAUCUUGGAACUCUUAAAUUUUCCGGUCCUAAUAACAUACCGAUGGUGAACAAGUUAUUGCAAUUGGAGCUCAAUAACAGAUUUAUAGGCAACUACACCACAGAUGAGAAUGGGGAAGCUCUAUUCUCCAUUGACACUUCCGAUAUAUUCGAUCCAGAAUUCAACCUGAAAGCCGCAUAUAUUACUCCUCCAAGCUGCUAUCCUCCCAGCUGGCUAGCACCUGAGUAUAUGGAUGCUCAUUUCUCAGUUUCACGCUUUUACUCCCGAACCAGUAGUUUCCUGAAGAUUGUUCCUGAGCCAAAGCAACUUAGAUGCAAUCAGCAGAAAAUUGUUACUGUGCAUUACUCCCUAAAUGGAGAAGCAUAUAGGGAUGAUUCAAAUAUCAACUUCUUCUACUUGGUGAUGGUAAAAGGAGCUCUCUUCCUCGGUGGACAAAAGGACAUCAGAAACAAAGCCUGGAAAGGAAGCUUCUCAUUCCCAAUCAACAUCACUGCUGAUCUGGCUCCCGUGGCCGUCGUGCUUGUCUACACCCUUCACCCCAGUGGGGAAAUCGUGGCUGACAGUGUGAGAUUCCAGGUUGACAAGUGCUUUAAAAACAAGGUUAGCAUAAAGUUCUCAAAGGACCAGGGGCUACCGGGCUCCAAUACGAGUUUCUAUCUGCAAGCAGCCCCUGACUCAUUCUGUGCACUCCGGGCUGUGGAUAAAAGUGUUCUUCUACUGAAAUCAGAGCAACAGCUGUCAGCUGAAAGUGUGUACAGCCUGCUUCCAAAUAUAGAACUAUAUGGUUAUUUCCAUCAUGGUCUCAACCUUGAUGAUGGCAAGCUUGAAGCUUGCAUUCCUCAAAAGGAUAUGUUUUACAAUGGUUUGUAUUACAUACCUGUAAGCAACUAUGGGGAUGGAGACAUCUAUGAUAUUCUCAGGGGCAUGGGUCUGAAAGUCUUUACCAAUCUUCAUUACCGGAAACCAGAAGUAUGUUCAAUGGAGGGAAGGCUGCCAUUCUCUAGGCCAUCAUAUUUAGCCCCAGAAGAAUAUGCACCGAUAUACAGUUAUGCCCCAUCCAGAAUUGCAUCUCAUGAAAGCUUGAAGGAGAAUUUUGACUAUGUAGGACAGGCUAUAAUAGAAACAGUAAGGACAAACUUUCCAGAGACAUGGAUAUGGGACCUUGUCAGUGUCGAUUCCUCAGGCUCAGCAAAUCUGUCCUUCGUUAUCCCUGAUACUAUAACACAGUGGCAGGCAAAUGGCUUCUGUGUGAAUGGUGAUGCUGGAUUUGGCAUUUCAUCAACAGCUACCCUGGAAAUCUCCCAGCCUUUCUUUGUUGAAAUGACCUUGCCUUUUUCAGUUGUUCGAAAUGAACAAUCUGAUUUGAUUGUCAAUGUCUUCAGCUACCUGAACACGUGUGUAGAGAUUUCUGUUCAGUUGGAAGCAUCCCAGGAUUUUGAGGCAAAUAUCAGCACCCCUAUAAACAAUGGCAGCGAAGUUAUCCAAGCUGGAGAGAAGAAAACAUAUGUCUGGACUAUAUUACCUAAAAUAUUGGGUAAAGUGAAUAUCACUGUAGUUGCUGAGUCCAGACAAAGUAGUGCCUGCCCAAAAGAAGCAACUGAGCAGCAGAAUCUAAACUGGAAAGAUACUGUGGUCAAAAGUCUGUUGGUAGAGCCUGAAGGUAUUGAAAAAGAAAUGACCCAAAGUUUCCUUAUCUGUACAAAAGGAACCAAAGCCUCCAAACAGGUAGUUUUGGACUUGCCAAACAAUGUAGUAGAAGGAUCAGCCAGGGCCUUUGUCACUGUCGUUGGGGAUAUCUUAGGACUUGCUAUGCAAAAUCUGGAGAAUCUUCUCCAAAUGCCCUAUGGAUGUGGAGAGCAGAAUAUUGCCCUACUAGCAUCAGAUACCUAUGUCCUUGACUAUCUGAAAUCUACUCAACAGUUGACAGAGGAAGUUAAAUCUAAGGCUUUCUUUUUCUUGUCUAACGGUUAUCAAAAACAGUUGUCUUUCAAAAACUUUGAUGGUUCAUAUAGUGUUUUUUGGCAGAAGAAUCAGAAAGGAAGCAUAUGGCUCAGUGCCCUUACUUUUAAGACAUUAGAGAGAAUGAAGGAAUAUGUUUACAUUGAUGAACACAUUCAAAGAGAGACUUUAAUCUGGCUUUCAAGCAAACAGAACAUAAAUGGCUGCUUUGAAAGUGAUGGCAAGGUUUUCAACAAUGCCUGGGAGGGUGGAGAAGAAGAGAACAUUUUAUUCACUGCAUAUGUUGUUGGAGCCUUCCUUGAAGCUGGACUCAAUUUCACUUUUCCUGCUCUACGAAAUGGACUCUUUUGCCUAGAGGAGGCACUGGAAGAUGGUGUCACCAAUGGCUAUAUCCAUGCAAUUCUAGCUUAUGCUUUUGCAUUAGCUGAAAGAGAGAAGCAAGUGGAAUCCUUACUCCAGAUCCUCGAUCAAUCUGCUACCAAAACAAAUAAUGUGAUAUAUUGGGAAAGGGCAAAGAAACCCAAGACAGACACAUCCCCAUCCGUUAUUCCUCAUGCACCUUCUGCUGAGACCGAGAAGACUUGUUACGUGCUGUUGGCUGUUCUUUCCAAGAAAACUCCUGACCUCACCUAUGCGAGUAGGAUUGUGCAAUGGCUUGCCCAACAGAUGAAUUCGCAUGGGGGCUUCUCUUCCACUCAGGACACUGCUGUCUGUCUUCUUGCUAUAACCCACUAUAUGAAGUUCACCCUCUCUAAUGAUCAAAACACUGUCACCUUAAGCGGUGAAGAAUCCAAUGAGAUGUUCCAGGUCAACGGUGACAAUCGCUUACUGGUCCAGCGUUCUGAACUAACAAAAGCACAUGGACAAUACACACUAGAUGUGGAAGGACAAGGUUGUGCAUUUAUCCAGGUUACCCUGAGGAAUAAUGUACUAUUACCUAAAAAAGCAUCUGGAUUUUCCCUUUCCUUGGAAAUAAUCAAGAAAAACUCUUCAGAUACAUUUCAGAGAUAUUUUGACCUGAUAGUAACCCUCAAGUAUACUGGAAUUCACAAUAACUCCAAUAUGGUCCUUGUUGAUGUAAAAAUGCUGUCAGGAUUUACUCCAGUCAUGGCAUCCAUUGAGAAGCUUGAAAACAAUGGCCAAGUGAUGAAGACUGAAGUCAAGAAUGACCAUGUUCUUUUCUACUUGGAAACUGUUUUUGGGACAGCAAACCACUUUACUUUCAGUGUUGAGCAAACCAACCUUGUGUCCAACAUUCAGCCAGCCCCAGUUAUGGUCUAUGAUUAUUAUGAAAAAGAUGAAUAUGCCCUUGUUUCUUACAACAUCAAUAGUGUUUCAGCUUCCCAGUAAGACAAAACAAAGCCCAGGAAGAGGAUGAAAAAAAUGUACACUGGAAUGUAUGUGAAUAGAAAAAGGCGAAUUUCCCAUAUGUUGGAAGUGUGACAUCAAUUUUGCCUGAUGAAAAACCCAAGCUGAGAAUCAGAAGCAACUGUUCAGCAUUCCCUAUUGAAAUGGCAUUCUUAUUCAUUGAAUUUAUCCCAAAAACAUUGUGUGUGUGUCUGUAUUUUUGUGUGCAUACAUAUUUCUGUUAUUGUUACCAUUUCACAUUUAAAUUUCACAUUUAAACAGCUAGAUAACUAUACCAAAUUUAGAGAGUGUAUUUGGGAGAUACACACACGCACAUGUGUAUGUGCACACAUACACAUACAAUGGCUACUCUGCAAAAUUCACUUUGGAGGUCCCAGGAGGACACCUCAAAACAAGAAGCAAUCAUAGUCUCAGUCAGAUGCAACUGAAUUACAAUCAGAGGCGAGUAUAAGUAGAUUAAGAGAAUCAUUCUCUGAGUAUCAUAAUUCCAUGGAAAAAGAAAAUAAACCAUAAUUCCAAACAUAAGUCCCAGAUAGAAAAUUAUAAGGGUAGAUACUACAAAUUUUUGUUGCUAAUUGGCAAUCUAGAGAAUUCUCAUAUGGGGAAGUCUCUUUAGUUAGCUUAAAGGUAGAUAUAUAUUUAUUUAUCAGAGGGGUAUUCAAAUAUUUAAUAAUUAUGAUUGUCUCUGCCAAAUCAGGUCAGAUUACAUGUACAUGUGUAAAUAUAAAUUCAAUUCACCUUACUAAAAGGAAGUGUCUUGCAAAUUUUUCCUUUCCUUCAACAAACUUAAAUGUUUAUAGUAAUUACCGUGUAUUUUAAAAAUUCCUCAUGUUGACUUUCCUCUAAUUGAUGUUAGAUUUAAAGCAUCCAAAUUACAAUAUAUUAAUAAAGUCUUAGAAAACAUUUGAUUUCCAGCUAUGUCCCACAGCUGGUAUGAUUUAUAUUCUGCAUUUUAAUUAAUAAAAAUGUUCUAAAUGUAAGUACCCUUUCAGAGUCACACUUUGGAGGAAGUGUUAUGACAAAGGGCAAAGAAAUGCUAAGGAAUGGAAACACAUGAAGAGCAGUAGAUUUUUGUUGUUGCUUUUCAUAAGGGAUAACAUAAAUGCUCACCAAUCUGAAACUGCUUCCUAUGUGUGAUGGAGAGAAGUAUUAGGUUAAAGACAUGGUCUUAGUCAACUAAGUGGAACCAAUUUUCUUUAGAUUUGGCCCAAAUCCUCAAAGUAAAGAAAUACACAACAUGAGGCUGUCUUUUUAGAAAGAGGUGAGUGAAACUAUAACAAGAAGAAAACACAAGUUAAUGCCUCCUUAAGUUUACCAUACCCUAUGUCAGCCUUGUAAAAGAAAAAGGUAAACAAUUCAGCCAGCAAAAUUGAAUUUAUUCAAAAAUAGCAGAGGAGUCACAAUUCGACACAAACAAAUUAUGGUGAACCAGAGGCAAAUCCAGAGAACAAAUGAGGACAGCAUCAUUUUAUAGAGGAAAGGGGGAAGUUGGGAGGAGUUGUUUUGAGCAAAAGUUUAUUGAAGGAAAAUGAGAGUUUGAAGCAGUGGUAGCUUCUCACUGGCUGCAGACAAGGGCACCUUGUUGUUGCUGCUAAAAGAAAACUAUCCUUCUUCCUGCCGGCCAAGCUGUGACAAGUGUACAUGCAUAAAAGCCCUCUUUUCUUGGCUUGCCAAUUGCAAUUUUUUAAAAAGAUUUAUUUAUUUAUUUGGGGGUUGGGGACAAAGGGUGAGAGAGAAUCCUAAGCAGGCUCCACAUCCAGUGCGGAGCCUGACAUAGGGCUCCAUCCCACAACCCUGAGAUCAUGACCUGAACUGAAACCAAGAGGCAGAUGCCCAACUGACCGAGCUAUUCAGACACCCCUACUAACUGCAAUUUUGAGUUAGGUUUCCUUAACAUGUUUUCACAUCUGAACACUAGAUGUGAUUGACUUUAGUCCUUUUUAUUAUCUGGAAUGUGCAACAGUGGGAACCCAGCAAAAGACACUUUUGGUUGGAGAUGUGUAUCUUUCCCUAUUAAAGGAAUAGUGUAAUGUAAUGUACACCAUGAUGACUGCUGCAUAGUGCAUUUGAAAGUUGUCAAGCAAAUCUUAAGAGCUCUCAUUAUGAGAAAAAAUAUAUUUUUUCUUUUUUUAUAUUUAUAUGAGAUAAUGAAUGUUAAUAAAACAAUGUGGUAAUCA